UAGAGCUCGUGGUUGACGUUGAAAUCAGCAGCAGCGCAGUGUUGAUCUGACAUCAAACGAAAUUGCUGGUUCGUAGUGAGAAAGGGACCUUUCUCGUGACAAAUUUCUGUAGAAUAUUCCUUAGGCCGCUUCGAGCCUCUGCUACGACAGAAUGCCGCGCGGUAGAUAUGUCAGUCACAAGGGACGAAAUCGCCACUUUACCAGCCCCGAGGAGUUGGAGGAGCAACGACGCCAGGAGGAAAAAAAACUCCAAUGGAGAAAGAACAAAGGAGAAGAAACCUCUAGCGAAGAAGAGGAGGAAGAACCAAAAGCUUCUCCUGGUAGUGGCUCCGAAAGCGACAGUGAUAGUGACUCGGAAUCAGAAUCUAAAGAGGGAAAAGCGAAAGGUGUAGAGAACUUAAUCCAAGUUGAAAAUCCAAAUAGGGUACAAAAGAAAACAAAGAAGAUAUCACAGAUAAAUCAGUCCUUAGACUCUGAUAAACCAGAGUUAUCUCGAAGAGAACGAGAACAGUUAGAAAAACAAAGGGCUUAUGCCAAUUACCAGAAAUUACACGCGGCAGGUAAAACCGAUGAAGCCCGUGCGGAUUUAGCUCGAUUAGCCAUAAUUAAACAACAACGGGAAGAGGCGGCGAAAAAACGGGAGCAAGAAAAGAAGCAGAAGGAACUAGCUCAGCAAAAGAAAACGGAACUGACGCAGAAAGCCCUUGGCAAAAAGUCCUAAAACUUCUGAAUCUGAAUCAAUUACAAAUAUACUUUGCAUCACUGCUACUAUUACAUUAAUGUUACAAGCAGUUCAAUUUCUACUUUAAUAUUGAUACUUUUUGACUAAAUCAAUUCACGCGUUUACAGCAUGCGUUUGAUGAAGAUGUCCUUGUUUGUAUAAAUACAAUUAUUAUAGUAACUCAAUUAAACCUACUGUUCAUUUAAUUCUUCUACCGAAUCCGCCACUUUUCUUUACCAUGUGU